GGCCAAGAGGCGAGGCCACGCCUUUGGCAGUUCCUUCUCCUAACCGCCCGCUCUCGCGCCCAAGGCGCUGAAGCCACACCUCCUUCUCCCGUCACCGAACCCAGCUCCUCGCGCCGCCUCAGGUUUUGGUCCCGGAAACUAGAGGCGGACGAAGCGAGUGUAGCCGGUGGCCUCGCUUCGGCAGCGGCUAUGGCGAGGAUGGGAGCCGUCGCCGCCGCUUGGCUUCCCCUUACACUUCUUCUGGGACUUUUGCCCGCUGCUUCAGGGCUGAGGCUCCUCGAAGACCCGUCAGUUUUCAAUUGUUCCCAGCCGGGUUUAAAUUGCCUUGUGAGAAACAGUACCUGCAUGGAUCAGAGCUGGCUCAGGGCUUCACAAUGGACUCCGUCAGCCCCAAGUUCCCUUGAUGUUCAUAUUGAUACUUUCUUGGAUAAUGAGAAAAAACUGCUCCCUGUGCUGAAGAUAGAAUGGAAGGUGGCUACUGAUGGAAGUGUUCAGGAACUCAGAGGGGCAGAAUUGGCUGUGCUUCAGGUGAGCACUAACCAGCAGGUCUGUGCUCAGUUCGAUCUUCAGAACAACUCGUUGUUCCAAGUCCGUCCAAAUGGUGGAGGUCGGUGGAGUUUCUCUUUCAAUCGUUUUGAGGUAGAUCCAGGUCAAACAUACCAAGUAACUGUUCAUCACUUGCCCAAAUUAAGUACUCCAGGAGACUAUAAUCGGAAAUCUGUGCCAUUCACAGUACCAGAUUGCACAGACCCUAUCAUGACAAAAACAGCCCCAUGUCUGCAAUUAGGCAGUGGAUGGGAACCCAGCCUGGGUGGAAGAAGACUAGAUGAUGAGACACUCUUGGUGAGCUUUAACCCAGCAAUGGAGUCAACCAAUUACUUCAUCCAUGUGACCAGUUUUGAAGAAGAUGGAAUAGAAUGUAAAAAGGCCACACAGAAAAUCUCAGAGAAGGAGUUGCAGCAGCCGAUGAACGUCACAGUCAAACUAGAGAGAAACUUGAAGAUUUGUUGCAAUUACACUGUGCAGAUUCAACCAUUCUUUGCACGUUGUGCCACAGAUUGUAUAAGGCAUUCCAUUUCCAUCCCAUGUCUCCCUACUCCCUUGCCUAUAACAACAAAGGAAGAUGAUAAUCUUUCUGUGGUGCUGCCCUGGGGCCUCACUCUCAUCUGCAUUUUAAUAGUUGGAUCAGCUGUCGCUUCAGUAAUUUGGCUUGCUCGAAGGCAAAAAGUAACACAUUCAGGAACAAGCAGUAGUGAUGGUACCCACCAUGAACUGCUGCGCAUGUCACAGUCUCCUCCACCCCUGAAGCCUCGUAAGGUUUGGAUUGUGUAUUCUGCUGAUCACAAGCUCUACGUAGACGUUGUGAUGAAGUUUGCUCAGUUCAUGAUCACAGUCUGUGGUACUGAGGUGGUCCUAGACUUGCUGGAUGAACGUCAAAUAUCAGAGAUGGGGGCUGUGCGCUGGCUGACACGGCAAAAACAGGAAAUGGAAGCACUCUCUUCAAAGAUCAUCAUCUUAUGUUCCCAGGGUACUCGAGCCAAGUGGCAGGCCAUGCUUGGGCGUGAGGAGUUUACUGUUUCUCUCAAGCAAGAUAACCUGCUACCAAUAGGAGAUAUGUUCACUCCAGCAUUGAAUCUGAUCCUGCCAGACUUUAAGCAGCCAGCUUGUUUUGGCAUGUACCUAGUGUGUUACUUUGAGGGCAUAAGCAGUGAAAGAGAUAUUCCAGAUCCAUUCAACGUCACCUCCAAGUACCAACUGAUGGACAAGUUUGAGGAAGUUUACUUCCUGAUUCAGGAUCUGGAGAAAUUUGAACCAGGGAGAAUACAUCAGAUUCCAGAGAUCUCACCUGAGAACUACGCUGAAAGCUUCAGUGGGAGACAACUGAAGGAGGCAGUGGAGAAGUUCCAGAAAUGGCAGACUGAGCACCCUGAUUGGUUUAAGAGAGAGAAUGCCUGCCCUGAGUAUGAAGAUGACCUUCAGUCUCUGAAUGGGGACCUCUCUGAGGAAUUAAUACCGACUGAGGGAGGAAUUCUGAAACGGCAACUGCUUCCACAGGAACCUGAUCCCAAUAGCUGUUGCUUGGUCAACCUCUUAGUCAAUGAAGAUGAGUUGGGAGCUUGUAGGCUGUUACCCCAGCUACUACCACAAGAGGAUCUAGCAUUCCAGACCCUGGUUGUUCCUGCUGAUGACUGCUCCCAGGUUCAGGUAGUAAUGCCAGUUGCCCUUACAGAAGAGACAGAGAUACUUAGCCAUCAACUGCUGACCAAUGAAGAUUGGCUAGAAAGAAUGCCCAUGAUGAAAAGUAGCACGCCCAGGAGAAACAAUGUCAUCCUUCAAGAUGAUCUGUCCUCCAACCCCCACCCCUUGCCAGUUGAUGUGAAGCAGCAGCUGGAGAGCUUAAUGUACUCUCUCUAUCAACAAAGCAUUUUGCCCUCUGAACCACCUCUCUGCCAAGAAGAUGUUAAUAAGCAACAGCAGCUGGUUUUUGAUGAGUCUUGCAAAGAUCAAAGACAGUCGGUGCAGUCAGACCAGGGUUACAUUUCCAGGUGUUCCCCUUUGCCUUCCGACAGCCCCCUGGAGGAAGAAGAGGAGCAAGGGCAGGAAGGACAUGGGUCUGCUCAACACCUCUCCCCAGAUGUCUUGGACAGUCUAAAAAGUCUUCAGCAGCAGCUGCUUUUUCAAAAUAUUCAGCAGCACUUCAGCUAGGAUCACAUGGUAGGAUGGCUGAGUAUGCCCCAUACUUCCAGCCAGAACCUGUUCUGUUUUGCCAAAAAAGAAGUGAUUAUUGGUUAGAAUGCAAACAUUUCAGACAUCCUCCCUCAGGAAAUCUUGUGCACACAUUUUUGUGAAGUCUAAUGCUUAGAAGAGCUGACAGCAGAAAUUUGGCAGCUUGGGUUACCUGUCUGCCCAGCCAUGCUGCUGCAUAUACUCAAGCAUUCUUGUGCUCCGGUAAUCUGCCUGUAAAUGGAGGUAGAUACCAAAUCUAUAAAUAAUGCAUUCUUUUUUCAAAUUAAUGCUACAAGCAGGUAGCAUACAAGUGGCCUCAGAGGAUCAGAUGAAAUGGACCAGAUAGCUCAGUAAGCUCCAGGUAACAAGCCAAUAUUAAAUGAUUGUGAUGGAAACAUCACAAGAGCUCUGUUUUAUGAGAUAAAAGAUGUGUCCAGUCCAGCAUCCUAUUUCCAUAGUGAAUGACCAGAUGCUACAAGGAAGCCCACAAACAACAGCCCCAACCUGCUGCUGUUGCCCCAGAAAUAGUAGUCAGUAACAUAUUGCCUCUGAACCUAGUUCUACCCAGCUAUGGUGGCUAAUAGCCAUUGAUGGGUUUACACGCCAUAGCUAUUGCUACAUCUUUUAGCAGUGAAUUCUAUAAUUUCAUUGUAUGAAGCACUUUCCAUUGCCUGUCUUGAAUCUGCUGCUGAUUUAUCUGCAGAUGUAGUAUUGAGAGGAAGAAAAGCUUCUUUCUAAUUGUUGCAUAAUUUUAUGAAUCUCUCCUUAUGUCUCUCCUUAGUCUUUUUUUUUUUUUUAAAAUGUUGGCAUCUGCCUGAUUCAUGAGACAGUGGAAGAGUACGUCAUCAGGGGUAAAGUCAAACUGUUGGGAGAGUUACAAUGCCUGCUGUGCCAGUUUCGCUAUUAACGACGCACCAUGGUAUUUCUUCUCCCUGCGCUCCUCCCAGUGGUCAUUUCUCCUCUGGUCACUGCUGUGAAUACACAACUUGUUUGUCUCCAGGCACUGUGGUCGCCUGCUAAAAACAACAACCCAGUACUCCUUUAGCUGUGCUGUAACCCCUUGGUUAUUUGUGUUACAUUUUCCUAUAGUUUUCCAGCUCUAGGAUAUGUACACGGUAUUCAUAGUGUGUCACACUUACAUAAAAAGCAUUUCAAUACUGCCUGCUUUUUCAGUUCCUUUUCUAAUAAUUCCUUCCAUGAAAUACCUCUGUUUCACUGCCACUGCACACUGAAGUGACACCUACAGUGAUCAAAACAGCACAAACCUAAUAUCUUUCCUGAAUAAUCACCACCAGUUCUGGCCCUACUAAUACAUAUGUGGUUAGGAUUUUUUUUUUUGCCCUAAUAUAUAUCCCUUACAUUGAAUCUCAGUUGCCAUUUUGUUACCCCUUCACCCUGUUUGGAAUUGUACUUUCAGAGCUCUUUGCAAUCCAGUUAGGUUUACACCUUCCUGCAUAAUUAGGCGCCAUCUCACUGCUGACCCUCUUCUCCAGAAAACUAAUUAACUCCAAAUCAUUUUACAAAUGAUUAAGACAAAAUGUUUCACAUCAAGACAAAUGUUUUAGGCCAUCUUCCUCAGGAAGCACUGUACUCUUAUUCUAUAUUAAUCUUACGGUCAAUAAGGUAAAAUGCUGUUGUAUUGAUUUGAAGCCCUGCAUUAAGUAAUUGCUCUGCCCAGUUUUAAAUGCUGCAGUAAUUAAUUUCUUUUCAUGUCACAAACAGUCCCAGCAGAGUUGCCUGAGUUCAGGAAUUUUCUUGCGAAUGUGUUGGCAGCUUCUUUACACAGUCUAUGAAUUAUGGAUAAUCAAAACUGCUGAACCAAUCUUCAGAAUGCACUUAAUUUUGGUAAUGGAUACUUCUUCAUGAUAUACUGUACCAAAAGAAUCUAGGCAAACCUAAUUUAGGUAGUAUUUUAGAAAGAGGCUGAAGCAGAGGAUUAUGUGGUUACUCUCGAUGUAGGAAAUAGCAGCUAGUGUGCGAAGCCUUUGGCUUCUGAUUCCGUCCACAAUAUGACUUUCAACUCACCACAGGGAUGCUGUUUGCAGAAUCCUCACCAUGUCAGAAGUAAUGAGUGUGCAGCCUCUGAAUCACAGGCAAGGGGCUCUUUAAUAUGCACCCGCACUUUACAUGCUCUGGCAAUUUCCCAUUAUGCACCACAUCUGCUGUCUCCCUAUACAAUCCAAGACAGGCAAAUGGAAGCAAGCGGUUGCAGUGUGUAAGGGGAGCGUACAUGCUUGGCAGGAUAACUUUUUGCCAAUGGCUGUGUGCAAAACCAAUGUUUUUCUUCAGCUGUUGCUCAGUUCAAAAUAGGCUCUAUAUAAAAUUUGCCAUAGACCUGGGACAAAGAAAAAAUUACAACAUAUAUAGGUGUUUCCCAGGAGAAAGAGGGGAGAGGAUUACAGCCAGCAAAAACUAGGGGUUUUAUUCAAUGCUAGUCCUGCUCAUGUGUAGAUCCAUUGAAAUAAAUAGCCCCCCAUUAAUUUCAGUGGGUCUAAUCUGGGUAAAACUUAGUUGCAUACCUAGGUGUAAGGAAGUGUUGCAUCAGAUACCAUCAAGAUGCAGCAAACAGUUUCUGUGGUGUGGAACCAAGACACAGUAAACAGUGAGCUGCAUUCAUUGAAAAUUCCCUAUGUUGACUUAGUGCAUUAAAGUUAAAUAAGGUUAUUCGAAGUGGAAUUCACUUCUCUACAUUGUGACUGUACAAGAUAAGGCUGUUAAAGCAUCCAUGUAUACUGGUAACCAAUUCAGCCGAAGCACAAUAGCACCUGUGGUGAGGUAGAGGAAAGUGAUCCCAAGCAUCAGUUCUCCAUGGCCCAUCAGGCCGACUGCCUUGAAAAUUGUGCCAGUGUAUUAAAAUGAACAAGCGCAGACUUGAUGCCUGUUCUACUGCAUGACUUCUUAGCCCAUUUUAGAGACCACUCAGCAGUUUCCUUCAAUGUACAGUGGUACCUCAGGUUAAGAACUUAAUUCGUUCUGGAGGUCCGUUCUUAACCUGAAACUCUUCUUAACCCGAGGUACCACUUUAGCUAAUGGGGCCUCCUGCUGCCGCUGCGCGAUUUCUGUUCUCAUCCGGAAGCAAAAUUCUUAACCCGAGGUACUACCGUAUUUCUGGGUUAGCAGAGUCUGUAACCUGAAGCGUCUGUAACCCAAGGUACCACUGUACACGGUCCAUUUCACAAUAGCAAAUUACAGCUGUAUUAUUAUUAUUUUAGCUAUGCCUUUUUCAUUGGUAGCUUUUAAUAACUUGAAUAAAAUGUAUUGUAUUUUG